AUGGUCAUAUUUUGUAUCUCCUGUAUCACUUUUAUUGGUUCUUAUCUAGGUGGUCUUGUCACCGUGUCUGUUCCACAAAUCUCCUCGGAUCUACACCUAAGUCCUGGAGUGGAGUUAUGGCCAGUAUCAAUGUUCGCCCUGGGAACAGGUUGCACACUCCUCAUUUCGGGUGCCAUCUCCGAUGCGGUAGGCAGUAAAGCAACUCUGCUCGCGGGAUGCUUUCUACAGAGUGUUUCCUCGAUGGCCUGUGGCCUCGCUCAAAGCGGAACCCAACUUAUCAUCUUCAGAAUCAUUUCUGGUGUCGCGGCCUCACUCUGUAUGCCGUCUGCCAUGAGCAUCAUUGCUGAGCACUUCCUAUCCGGAAAGCUCAGGAAUCUUGCCUUUGCUCUGAUGGGAUCGGGUCAACCCAUCGGAUUCGGCGUCGGACUUCUUCUGGGUGGUGUUUUUGCAGACACUGUGAGCUGGCGCUGGGGCUUUCACAGCGCAGCGAUUGCCAAUACCUCGGUCUUGCUCCUAUCGGUACGGCAAUUGCCCGCCAGCAGGACCUCUGAGCAACAGGGUGUUUCAUGGCGUAAUUUCUUCUUUGGGAUUGACUGGAUCGGAGCUCUUACUGCAAGUGCUGCGCUGGCUCUACUCUCAUAUGCUUUAGCGGUCAUUACAGAUAAUGUAUCAAAGAUUCAUGAAUCAAGCACCAUUAUAUUUUUCUGCCUGUCUAUCAUUCUUAUGUCCUUCUUCGCUUUCUGGCAAGGUCAACAAGAGCAUCGAUCUCGGCCCACCUUAAUCAAAAAUUCGUUGUGGAAGAACUCAGCCUUCACCUGCAUCUGCGCCAGCGUAUUCCUCAUCUGGGGUGCUUUCAAUGCUUUUGAGCAAAUAGCCAACUUCUUCUUCCAAGACGUUCAGCAACUCUCCGUAUUCAGUACUUCAGUACGCUUCAUCCCAGUGACUGUCAUGGGCGUACUCACAAGCCUGGUCACUGGCAUGAUUUUGCAUCGAGUGCGCGCAGACUCCCUGAUCAACUGGGCCACUAUUCUCUCAUCCCUCUCACCGCUGCUCAUAGCACUUAUCAAUCCCGCGUGGACAUAUUGGCGGAGUGCAUUCUUUGCCAUGUGCCUCAACCCCAUCGCGGCUGAUGUUCUAUUUACGGUUUCGACCAUUCUUAUUACUGGGAUGUUUCCUGUGGAGACACAGGGGCUGGCUGCGGGCGUGUUCAAUACAGUGUCACAGUUUGGUCGAAGCAUUGGAUUGGCAUUGGUGGCGUUGAUCGCAAAUAGCGUCACUGAUAAGUACGCUCAAUCGGAGAACAAGGAGAGUCCGGGGGCACUGAUGGUGGGCUAUCGGGCGGCUUUUUGGUUCCUUUUUGUGAUGAAUAUCGUCAGUUUGGUGGUGAGUUCGAUCGGGUUGCGGAAGAUCGGGAAUGUGGGACAGAAAAGGUCUUUGGGGGUCUAA